AUGAAAUCACUUGCGUCUGGAUCUGUAUAUUUUGUGAAAGUUGACAGACCUAGAAACGGAUAUGGUGGACGGUGGGCAGUUUCUUACAAUGAAUACCCAUGGGACUACUAUCCACGUUAUUUCUUAGGAAUAGGUUACUUUUUAGGAGCCGAUGUUGUGCAUGAUGCAUCGUUUGCAAUGCCAUUCACUAAACAACUGCGAAUCGACGAUGUAUAUUUAGGUAUUAUUUUAAAAAGACUUAACAGAACACUAACACAUUUAAAAAACAUUCAUAUUAAUCCAGGAAAAGAUCAAUUGAAAUCAGGUGCAUUUAUGAUUACUAGAUAUUUAGCUGAAAAUCAUGUGGAUUGGACAACUGAAUUGAUAAUAGGGAAAAAAGGCACACAGCAUUGA